AUGGAGUCAGUGUCGAUUCCUGUUCUGCUUGGUGGUCUUGUUAACUGUGUAGCCCAGUUAAUAACAAUCGCUGAAGAACUUCUACACAUGAUGACGCAAGAACAACAACGUCCUUGCAACGAACAAAAUGAUAGAGAAGAAGAGAUGAAUGGAGAUGCACCUCCUCCUGAGGAACCACCGCUGCCGGAUCUUGCUGAACUCUCAGAUUUAGAUUCCAUACUUACACCAAGGGAUGAUGAAGACCUAAUCCUUGAUAUAGAUCAAGCUAUGUUAGCCAUGGAUGACUUCUGUGAUGAUUCGCUCUGUGGUAUAAUCGAUGAUUUAAGAAGUGAUUAA